GAGCUGAGCCAAUCUGAGGCAUUGCAACAUCCAACUCCCAUAUCUUGGGAGUGGGAUCACAUUCCUGACUCCUUGUUUGAAGGAACGUAGCUUCAAGGAGUUUUCCAGAGCUGGGGAAUACUGUUUCCAUUUAUAUCCCGGCCCCUCCUCUGGGAUCAUGUGCCCGAAUCUAGGCAUCGCAAAGGGUGUGGCUGUGAACCAAGAAGCUGCAGGAGCAAAAGAACAUUUUAGUACAUUGUGGACUCAGAGGCAUCAUGGAAGGAGAAUUUACGGGGAAAGAGGUUUAUGAGCAAACAUUUUGUCCAAAAGAGUAUUUAAACAUGUAUCUAUCUUUCGGGUCUGGUGACGGAACUGUAUUCGCUAUCGUUUUGGAUAAGCUUCACAAGGCAUUCGCAAAGGAUGGCAUCCGAGGAGACACCUUGAUCGAUAUUGGCAGCGGUCCCACCAUCCACCAGCUCCUCUCCGCCUGUGAGUCCUUCAAAGAGAUCAUCGUCAGUGAUUUCCUUGAGCAGAACCGAGAGGUGAUGAAGAAGUGGCUGAAAAAAGAUCCGGAAACCUUCGACUGGGCCCCCGUGUUGAAAUAUGUUUGCCAGUUGGAGGGGGACAGGGAGAAGUGGAUGGAAAAGGAGGAGAAGCUCAGGAAGACCAUCAAGCAAGUCCUGAAAUGUGACGUGACUUGGGCCAAUCCUUUUGACCCGAUAGAAGUCCAUCCAGCUGACUGUGUCCUCUCCACUUACUGCAUAGAGGCAGCUUCUAAAGACCUCCCCACUUACCAUUCAGCCAUGAAGAACGUGGGCUCCUUGGUCAAACCUGGGGGACAUCUCAUCUUGGUGGUGGCUCUUGAAGAAACCUACUACAUGGUGGGGCCAAACAAGUUCUCCUCCCUUUACCUGGCACCAGAAAUGGUUAGAGAUGUUCUGAAAGGGGCGGGCUUUGAUGUUGUGUCCUCUGAGGUCUUUCUGCAUGAUGUUCCAUUGGCUAUCUCAGAUAUCAAAGCCUCAUUGUUCAUAGUGGCCCAGAAGCCCAAUGAGAUCUAAUGAGUUAACUGGAAAGGAAAGCAGCUGACCAAAUGAAAGCCAUAAAUGAAGCCCAUUCUUCAGUUCUAUGUCAGAAGCACAUAUCAGGUAGAGUAGACCAUGCUGUGCCAAGGUGGCUUGGGUCUCCCAUGUCUGUGAGUUGGUGAACCAAGCUUAGGUUUUAAUCUGGGCUCUAAGGAGACAUCCUUGGUGCUGAAGCCAUUCCUAGGUAACCCCAGAACUUUGGAGAGCUCCAUUAAAACUAUCCAAUACCUGGAAGGGAUUCACUGACCACCGACAUGGAAGUCGAUAGUAACAAUUGCUUUUUGGAGAUGACAAUUCUUAGAAUAUUCCAAUAGCUAUGUUGUCUUGGGGAUUCUGGGAUUUGUAACAGUUAAAAAAGUCACAUUUUCCAAAACCAUACCCCCGGUGGCUCAGUGGGUUAACCCCCUGUGCUGGCAGGACUGCUGCCUUGAAGGUUGGGAUGCUGACCUGAACAUUGACAGUUCGAAUCCAACCCGGGGCGAGCGUGGAUGAGCUCCCCCAAUCAGCUCCAGCUCCAUGAGAGAAGCCUCCUGCAAGGAUGGCAAAAACAUCAAACAUCCGAGUGUCCUCUGGGCAACAUCCUUGCAGACAGCCAAUUCUCUCACACCAGAAGUGACUUGCAGUUUCUCAAGUCACUCCUGACAUGAAAAAAAAAUUGAGGGGAACAGGAAAGCAGAUUUUAUAGGAUAUAUAUGUGUGUUUGCUUCUAUCUAUCUUCAAGUAUGUAUGUAUGUAUGUAUGUAUGUAUCUAUCUAUCUAUCUCUAUCUAUCUAUCUAUCUAUCUAUAUCUUCAAAUAGCUCUGGUAAGCAUGUAAGGUUAAAGAUGCCUUCUUGAUCCUUUGGAAAAUACAUCCAUUCUAAAGAUUUGGGGUCAUCUUUUGUGAUCUGUAAAAAGAGUAGAUAUUUGAAUUAAAAAUAAUUUUGCAAAAAAAGAUUCAUUGUGGGGAAUGAGCUUUGAUUGGAUGUGACUUAGGAACGGGAAGGAUAUAUGGAAACAUUCAAAGAAAGCUUUCAAAAGUGUUUCUUGGGCUGCCGAGACGCCCGAUAAGAAGAACCCAGAGCGGAAUACAAUAUUCGCUGCUCAGGACUCAUAUCACGCAACAUUCUCAUGGACUUGUUUUGCACUGAAAACAACUCCCACCCCCCUGCAAAGAUAUGAUACUAAUAUCUGGCCAGAAAGGAAAUACUAUUUUCCAUGCAAAACAAUGCUGUGAUCGCUAAAAGUCAAUGAUGCUCAGGAUUCAUAUAAUGCAAAAUUCUCACGGACUUGUCUUGCACUGAAAAUAUAUUUUUCUCUCUACAAAGGUAUGAUACUAAUAUUUACCCAGAUAAAAAUGCUAUAUUCAUUAUAAUUGGGAAAAAAAGCUAUUAUAUCUUCCUUUCCAACAAUCCUGUGAAGCUAAAAAAUAUACAAACAAGCAUGGGAUCUUAGAUUGAAAAAGAAUAGCAGUCACUAUGUACCCUCAGGAUUUAACUUUGAGCUUUCUUGCUUGACUUUACGUCCAGGCUGUUUACCUGGCUAUGGCUUGAUGGACAAUGUUAGUGUUCCUGUUUGUGGCUGCGCAUUGGACACUGUCCUAGAAUGCUAAGGCCAUGGCUUUCAUUUCUGAGGAAUUUUGCAAUAAAACCAGAUUCCAAUGCAUUGCAACAUCCAGUCCUGCUGCCAAGGGGUUUGGACCACAUUCCCGACUCCUUUGUUGAGCGAAUGUGGCAACAGAAUGGUUGGCAGAUAUAUAUUUAUCAUUACAUAACAGCCCCUCCUCUGGGAUCAUGUGUCUUGAAUUGGGCAAUUGCAACUGCAGUGAGUAUGAACUGAGACACUACAGAAGCCAGAAAUAAUUUGUGGACAUUGCAGGCUCAGCGACUCAAUGGAGGCAUAGGCUCAAAUGACAGGAAAGGAGAUUCUACCUGAACUUCCCAACUGUAAGAAAAGCUGUUCAGCAGUGGAACUCUCUGCCUCGGAGUUCAGUGGAGGCUCCUUCCUUAGCGGCUGAAUGACCAUCUGUUGGGGGCGCUUUGAUUGUGCUUUUCCUGCAUGCCUUUUCCAUCUCUAGGAUUCUAUGAUUCUGUGAUUUUCGAUCCUUUGGAAAAAAUGUAUGCAUUCUGUAGAAUUUUGGGCAUCACUUGCGAUCCGUAUAAGAACAAUUUGAAUUAAAACAAUUUUAGAGAAAA